AUGCUCAUCCCAUCAGGAAAGGUGUUUUUGCUGCCGUCGUCCAAAGGAACUAACCCACUGUUAAUGUGCAAUGGUUAUACUUACAAAAAGCAACGCGUGUGUUUAUCCGGUAAAGUGGCGUGGUAUUGUUCAAAUAGAUACGCUGGAUGUAAAGCCUAUGUGGACAGUAUGGGACCAGUGUACACCCCCGGCCCGGGGAAACAUAAUCAUCCGAAACCUAAUUAUUAUAAUGGUAAUUCUAUCAAAGAAAGUGGAUCGCCACUUUAUCAAACACUUGACUUUCAAGAUCGUGCGUCUCCUAUACUUUUUGAUUCAUUUAACAAAGACGACAAAGAACAAUACAACGAAUCAUCUAUACAUUUAGGUUUACUUACUGGUAUUGAUGCUGAUGCUGUUCCAGAUAAAAAAAAUAUAGAAAAUGUUUCAGAGCAAAACAGAAAACGUAAGAGGAACGAAAAUAUGUGGAAAAAGAAUGUUUCGAAGAAACUUAGGAAUGAAGGGAAAUCUUAUAUGAGUGCAACGAGGAAAAUUGUACCAGAGCGUAACAUCAAAAAUUCCUGCUCUGAAAAAUGCAAAUUACAGUGCAGCACAAAGUUUACUGAAACUGAAAGAAAGUCUAUAUUUAAGAGUUAUUGCUCAGAUCUUAAUGACUUCGAAGGGCGGCCAAGUUUUGUUAUUACGAGGACAUCGUUACCACCGCGAAUAUGGACGAGUAGGAAGAAGUUACUGGAGAUGCACCAAGAGAUUAAUGUACGCCUGCAAAAGCACUGGUGCCGGAAAAAAUCCAGAAGAAAACAAACUAAAGAUGAAAGGUUACUUAAAAAGCGUCUAGCAGAGCAAAGACGAUAUAGCCGUAUUAGAAACGAUCCUCAAAAGUGGGCAGAGCACAAAAUCAAAAGACAUCGCACUUAUAUGAAACACAGAAUUCAAAAUACAACAAAUUUUUUAAAUGACGCCAACAAUUAUGGCUAUAAUGAAAACAUUGAUUCUAAGAAGCUAAUGUUGGGAGUGUAUCUAGCACCUAAUGAAAAUUUCUCCGAUUCCGAAGAUCCUCAUUACUAU